GAGAAGGGGUGGGAGACGUCCCUCAUCCAGCCACCAGCAUCAGAGCUCCUGAAGAGGAAGCAAGAAAACCAAAAUCACUUCCUGACCUUGGUUCUGUCUGCCCAAGGCUGCUCCUUCUCCUGGGGUGGCGGCCCCACCUGGACGCAGAGCCCGGACUCCCACCUCCCAGAGGGCGUCCCUGGCUCGGAAGCGCCACAACAGAGGGCUCACUCACCACUGAUUCUCCAGGUACCAGAGGAAGGCCCAGUCUCCAGGUCUGCCCGAGGGGUUCAUAAGCCCUGACAUUCCAGAGUCUGCAUCUUUCCUCUGCAGAUGCAGCUGCUUUCACUCCCUUAAGGGCAGAAGAGGAUCCCCCUGCUGGCUCUGGUGCACCUCCAGCGGAGGACAUUAGGAGGAAUUGCCCCACCGAGCUCCAUUAACCCCACAACCUCUGAGCAAGUGGCCCAGGAGCCAGGCGAUGGACCCAAACUCUGCCUUGCUUUCUCCUCCACCCCAAGCCUGUUCCUAUCUGGCAGAACCCUGCAUGGAGGGUGGGAGAAGUCCAUCCCCCCAAGACUCCCCCUUUCCCUGGAACCAGGUCCCCAGCUCAAGCCUCACUGACCCAGACUGUUUCUGGAAUGAGCACACCCAGGCAAAGAGGGCCAGAGUGGAGACCAUCAUCCGAGGCAUGUGUCUCUCCCCUAACCUUCUGGUGCCAGGCGAUGCCCAAACCAGGGACAGGCCCUGCGGCCCGGAGAAGGCCCGGGAGCGGAAGAGGAAGCAGAGGCUUCCCAUGCAGCAAGGCCACCUGCAGCCAGUUCCUGCUGGGGACCAGAGCAGCAGGAAGGGGAGCCCUCGGGUGAGAGAACAACUUCAUCUCCUAAAGCAACAACUAAGACAUCUGCAAGAGCACAUCCUGCAGGCUGCUGAGCCCAGGGACACAGCUCAAGGCCUGGGAGAGCCUGAGAAGGGGAAGCGCCCACGGAACAUAAAGCAAAGGCACGGCUAUGGGUCUAGGCCCUGGGCCGUGGACAGUGAUGACCAUCAGGGCUCCAGGGGGAUCUUCCCCAGGGCAGGGGAACACAUAGUAUCUGAGGUGGAACCCCAGUCUGAGGAACCCAGUUUCCUCCCUUCUGGAGCACGGGCUUUGCUGGACAUUCUGAGCAAAGAGCUGACUGGGGCAGUGUGCCAGGCAGUGGACUCGGUAUUACAAAAGGUACUACUGGAUCCGCCAGGCCACCUGACUCACCUGGGCAGAAGCUUCCAGGGGCUGGAUUCAGAGGGUAGACGUGAGCCCUCACCUCCUGAGGGAGAUGCCUGCCAAGAUCCACUUCCCAGGAGGGCCCAGUCACAGGCUGGGGGUCCACUGGGAAACUUAUCACUGGCCACUUCUCUGGAGUCUCCUAGGUAUCCUAUCUCUCCAAGGAUGAUCCCCAAACCCUAUCAGGGCCCCCCAGCAAACUGUCCCUUGACUAUGCCUUCCCACACCCAGGAAAAUCAGAUGCUUAGCCAGCUCCUGAGUCAUGGACCCAACCGCCACUGGAACAGCAGUCUUCCCAGGGACUCACCUUCCCAAGGUCACCCCUGCUCAGAGUCGGCCCUUCCACCUCGGGGAGCUGUCAAGCUGCGGCCCUCGGUUUUGAGCCAGCAGCAGUGUCCCUUGCCCUUCACUUGCACCCGUGUGGAGAGACGGUCCCUUCUUCCCUCGGUGAAGAUAGAACAGGGCGGCCGCCAGGGGGUCGCCGACGCACUGCCUUUCUCUUCAGUCCACAUUCAGGAGGCCCUAAAUCCUGGUCACUUGAAGAAAGCCAAACUAAUGUUUUUCUUCACACGCUACCCCAGCUCCAAUCUCCUGAAGGCCUAUUUCCCUGAUGUUCAGUUCAAUCGAUGCAUAACCUCCCAGAUGAUCAAGUGGUUCAGCAACUUUCGUGAGUUUUAUUAUAUCCAGAUGGAGAAAUUUGCCCGGCAAGCAAUUUCAGAUGGUGUCACAAAUCCCAAAACGCUGGUGGUUCUGCGCGACUCAGAACUUUUUCGAGCUCUCAAUAUGCAUUAUAACAAGGGGAAUGACUUUGAGGUCCCUGAUUGCUUCUUGGAAAUUGCCAGCUUGACAUUACAGGAGUUCUUCAGAGCAGUCUCCGCAGGGAAAGACUCAGAUCCUUCCUGGAAGAAACCCAUUUAUAAAAUUAUUUCAAAACUGGACAGUGUCAUCCCAGAGAUAUUUAAAUCUUCCAGCUAUCCCCCAGAGCUGUUUCGGAAUUAAGAUCCCACAAACUGAGAAGCUACCAUCACUUAAGGGAAAAAACAGGCUUUUUCUUAAGUGGCACUCAGUAAAGAUAUAGUCAUAUUAAAAAGGGCAUGAGGAAUCCCCCCACCCCCUCGCCGGCAACCCUAAAUAGGUACUAUAAUCAUUUCUGAUGAUUUAUUUCCUUUCCUAGAACCAUCAGAGGCUUAACCUUAACUCAAAAGGUAUCAACCAAGUGUAUUGGUAUGCUGGUAGCAUGUUGUAAAAGGGACACAACAGUUUGGUACCAGAAGAUUCAAAUCUGCAGUGUUUCCAGGUAUCCUGUCCCUGGGAACUCAGCAGUAUUCUGCAUUUUUGUAGGGAUGAAAAGACUGUGUAUCCCAAAGCAAUUCUGUAAAACGUUACUACCAAAUACCAAGUUUUUCCCCCUCCCCUUGGCGUUCAGAUAAGGUUAUUUUAUUUGGGGCUUUUACAAAUUGUUGUUUUUAGCUACUGAUUUUUCAAGUUCUGCCUAUUUGCUAGACAAUUUCAUUAUCUUUACGCUCUUAACCCUGAAACGUACUAUCUUCAUUUAAAGAAUAACCAAAGAAAAGUUUUAUAACUACAAGGUAAUUCACCAAAGGCUGUAAGGCUGGAGCAUUUGGGUUAGAGGACGAUCAGGAAUGUGAAGGAAUCUCAGACCGUCUGUGCCAGACUGUGCCGGAUCAUCCCUGCUGCCUCUCUGGAUCUCCAUCCCCAGUGAGCACUUAUGGGACACUGUCAGCUGACAACCCCUGCCUAGUGCUUCAUCUCCCAAGAUUUUCCACAGAUCAUGCCAGCACUCCCAACAUAAACUCUCUCAAGGAUCAGAGUGUUGCUAUUCAUUCACGUUUCUCUGCUAGAAGAGUUUAUCAGAUGGACAACCCAAACUGUCUCUAGUUGACCAGUGCAAUUGAUGCCACAACCUCAUGUGCAAAAGAAACUGAGCAUCAGAUGGUGAAAGCUAGAAAAGGUCUUAGAUCAUCUGAUCCACCCUACUUAAAUUAGGAAGGAGGCAACUGAGAUCCAUACAGGAAGCAUGAAGAGCUUCACAAGUGAUAAAUGGCAUAAGUGGGACAAACACAGCAUCACACACCACAGUAGAAAUUCUCCUACCCCCUCUACUGACCCAACACAAAUUAUGACUCACUCUGAACAGAGGCAAAAUAUCUGCAAAGUUACAUAUCCGCUGUCUUCUAGGCUGGUCGGAAUCAAGUCUUUUAAAGCACUGCCAAAGGUGUGCAUGCUAGGGUGGGGAUCACAGUGACCACUCAGAUUAAGGGGCACAUGUGACUUCAUUAGCUUAUGUUUUUCCCCAUCUAGUGAUACAUAAAACAAGUUUCUAUAUUCAACCACCUCACUUCCUUUUUGGGUGGGUGCAUCAGGCGAGAUAAAUUCCCUAAAUGAUUGCUAGAUAUAGCAACAUAGAAAGGUAUGAAACAUUUCUUUUGAAUUUUCUUAUUUCAAACCACCAAGAGGAAAAAGCAAACAUACUCAGCCCAAAUUAAUCUUUUCAGGUUGUCUUCAGAUGGUUUUUUGAGUGUCCUUCAACACAUCCAGUUGCACUCAGAUGGUCUCUACCCUCUUCCCUCCCACCAUGUUCCCUUCACAAAAGUGAAGAAAUCUGUCAAAUCAGUUUUAGAAGGAGGCAAAAGCACUGAGUGCCCUGAGCAGUCAGUCAUCUGUGGUUGGAAACAGCAGAAGAGCCCGCUAUCCAGAGUGACGUCACGUAGCUAUUUACGACAUCCAUGGGAAACAAUUCCCAGUUCACAUGAUUAUCCAAUAUGGAGCAGACUUUUUCUGUCCCGUCUGAAAUUCAUUAGUGUGUGUUUUAAAGACUGAGCCAAGCCACCUCCAGGGCAGGAAACCUUGUCCCAGGGACCAACUGGAUGAACUGUACAAGCUCAAAUUGAAGCCAUUUGUGUACUGCAGCCGUUCCAGGCAGUGUUCUCUAACCACUGAGCUAAAUACAGAAGAAUGUACAAAUAUAUAUGCUGCGCCAACAGAAGAAUUCUAUUUCAUUAUAUUUUUCUGUUUCUACCAAGUUUAUCUCUUUCUCUGUUGGGAACACAUUCUGAGUGUAAGCUGAGCUGGUCAUUAUGUUCUUCUAGCAGUCAUAACAAUGCUAAAGGUUUGGCCAUUCUUUCUAUAAGGUAUAUGUGGGUAUAUGUGGGCACUAUUCUUUCCCAAAGUAGACACGAUCAGAAUCUGGUCAAUUCCUGCCUAAUCCUUCAAUGGUAGACAGUAAGGCCUGCCAUGGUCUACAGUGAUAGUACUAUUGUCACAUUAAUACCCAACUAUUGAUUAAACGCACUUAAUUGGCAUUCCAUGCAGGAAAAGGUUUACUAGGAACCUCUAUUUCAAACUUGGUUUUAUACAGUAUGCAAGGUUCCAAACUGGAUUUACACAUUGAAGAGGUCAAACACAUCAUCUCCUGGGUGUAUAAGGUAUGCCUGAACCAUUUCCUUUCCAUCAGAGAAAGGGCAAAGCCUAAGUGGCAAAUAGAGUUAACAUAGCCCUCCUAAGUUUCACACCUCAGCCCCACCACUAAGUGGAGGUCCAAAGGUCCACUUUUCAAAAAUAUCUUUGUUUUCAAAGACAAAAUAUAGAAUCCUCAGGAAUAAAUAACUUGGAAUAAGACUUCAUAAUUUUACACAAGGCUUUAGAAAAUAUUUUUUAAAGUCCUGAUAA